AUGGAGAUGUCUUCGCCGCUCGCCGCCAUGCACCCGCCGCCCAUCCCCGGCCCCUGGGGAUACCGCCGUGACCUGCCGCAGUCGAAGCCGCUGUUUGGAGGAGCACACAGCCUGGGCCCCAAGAGCUUCAACUUCCGCGACCUCAGCAUGAAGAAGAGUGGGGGAGACUACUUCACCCUGCAGCCCAUGCGAGGCUCGUCACCCACCACCAGCCUGGCCGCCGACAUGUCGAGCAACCUGCACAUGGACCAGAGCCCCCAGCUCGCCACGCCGCGUCGGUCGCUCUUCACGUCGAAUCUCUUUCACCAGAUCGACACCCGGGAAACCACGACCCCAUUGGCUCGAUGGGAAGGCGUUACGACUCCGCCAAUUCCCUCGUCCUCGCCCGGCUUUGCACCAGACUCCAUGGACAUCUCGCCUCUUCCUCACAAGGCGCCCUUCAGCUUCAUCAACGACCGCUGCCUGCCCCUACCCUCUCCCUCCCCAGAGGUGACCCCCGGCUCCGACAGCGACAUGCUCACCCCGUGUGACGAGCUGCCCACCCCACCCACAUACUCUACGCCCUCGCUCGAGGUUCCCCGACCCGUGUCAGCCGCCGACCGCCGAAAGUCCAAUCUUCUCAGGCCCUCUCUUGCGCGCCACAAGAACUACUCCACUAACACUGUGUCGUUCAAGGACCAAGACAAGCCAUCGAGCACUCCGCUGCCCGCCUUCCAGUUUGGCUGCGGUGACUUCACCCGGAAUUCGUCUUCACUCAGCUUGGACGAGUGCUUCACUGCUUCGCCUCCCCAAGAACGUCGUCCUACUUCCAACGGCUCUCUCUUCGCUUCAAAACCCAAGCCUUUCUCUCUCAACUCUACUGCCGCCCGUGCCAAUGGUUCCCCCCUUGCCGCCGUCAGAAAACCCGCCGGUCCUCCUUCUCGUCGUCCCAGCAAGUUCCGCAGAUCGUUAAGCAUGUUCGAAAGCCCCGGUGAAGUAAUGAAUGCCAAGCAAGAACAGGAUGAUUACCAGCCCAGUGGGCUCCAGUCUGUGAUGGAUGUCGAUGAUGCCAACACUCUCAAGCUUCCCCACUUCACCACUACUGAGCCAGAGAGUCUCCCUCGCAUCACCCACGAGACAUUGGUAGAAGUGCUGGAUGGUGCUUAUGAUCACUUGUAUGACAACAAGGUCGUCAUUGACUGUCGCUUCGAGUACGAAUACAAUGGUGGACACAUUGAAGGUGCAUUGAACUUCUGUGACAAGGAGAAGCUUGCCGAGCGUCUCUUCCAGGCCCCGUCUAGCGAGAACACUUUGUUGGUCCUUCACUGCGAGUACUCUGCGCAUCGUGCUCCUCUAAUGGCCAAGUUUGUUCGCUCGCAAGAUCGCAAGGAGAACGCGCAUCAAUACCCUCAUCUGUCAUUCCCUGAAGUGUACAUCCUCGACGGCGGAUACAGCUCCUUCUACCAUUCACACGCCACUCGCUGCUACCCCCAAAACUACCUUCGCAUGGAUGCCAAAGAGCAUGAACAGUCAUGUGAACGUGGCCUCAACAAGCUCAAGUUCAAGUCGCGUGCCAAGCUCAACCGUGCUACCACCUUCACCUUCGGACAGCACUGCCAGAUGGAAGACAGCCCUACAGCCAUGGGCCGGUCAAGAUCUGGAAACAAUAUCUUUGCCCUUGGCAAUGACUCCCUGGAAGUCGGGCGUGUCACGGCCGCUUCCCGUCGCAUGGCUUCUUAUUAA